AGGUGUUUCGAAUUACAUAUACAAUCAAUUAAUUCCCUUGUGUCAGUAUGGCGCAAACAAUAACCAAUUCGGGUCAUGAUGAUAUGAUUCACGAUGCAGCUUUAGAUUAUUAUGGUCGCAGGCUGGCAACAUGUUCGUCGGAUCGUACAGUAAAGAUCUUUGAAAUCGAAGGGGAAACACAUCGUCUUACAGAAACACUGAAGGGCCACGAAGGGGCCAUCUGGUCCAUCUCCUGGGCUCACCCCAAAUACGGCAAUAUCCUCGCCUCCGCAGGCUACGACGGCAAAGUUCUCAUCUACCGCGAAACCUCAUCGGUAUGGACCAAGAUCUACGAUUUCGCUCUGCACACUGCAUCCGUCAACUCUCUGUCCUGGUGUCCUCAUGAAUCCGGAUGUCUCCUUGCUUGCGCAUCCUCGGAUGGAAAUGUUUCGGUUCUAGAAUUCAAGGAUAAUUCCAUGGAUCAUAAGAUUUUCCAUGCGCAUGGUAUUGGUGUGAAUAGUGUUUCUUGGGCGCCAUCUUCGCAGCCGGGUAGCUUGGUCAGUGCGAAUGCGGGAGGAAAGGAAGGUGGUGUGAGGAGAUUUGUUACCGGAGGAAGUGAUAAUCUUUUAAGGGUUUGGGGUUGGGAUCAAGCUAGUCUGAGCUAUAAGGUGGAAGGGGCUCCAUUACAGGGACAUGGCGAUUGGGUUAGGGAUGUUGCGUGGAGUCCUACUGUUUUACAAAAGAGUUACAUAGCAUCCGCUUCCCAAGACAAAACCGUGCGCAUCUGGACCUCAUCCGCAGCUUCUAGCCCAGGUCAAUGGGAAUCCAAAGUUCUCCAAUUCGAACGCGAAGUCUGGCGCGUAUCGUGGAGUUUAAGCGGAAACGUAUUGGCAGUCAGUGGAGGUGAUAAUAAGGUUUCUUUAUGGAAGGAAAAUUUGAGGGGCGAGUGGGAAUGUGUCAAGGAGAUUGAGGAAUAGAUUUAAGUUAAGAGGCGCGCACAGAGGCGGGAAGAAAGGGGCGGAAAGAAGAGGAAAGGAGUUGAGAAGUUGAUCAAGCUUUCGUACGAGUAGAUGAGGCGUUUUGGGACAGAUACCGUAGGCAGGUAAACAUAAAGACAAAAGAUAAACUUCAAAUAAAAUGAGUUACAAAGUAGAGAGGCGAGACAAGUUUUUAAGUUGUAAGUUUGCCCAAAAAAAA